UUUUUUUUCUUAUAUUUUUUUUUCUUUCUUUUCUUUAUCUCCUCCCUUUUUAAUAUGUCUACUUUAUUAAAGACUGAUAUUUCUCAUCGAUUAUUACCUAGUUGGGUAUUACGCAUAGUCGGUUUCUCGUCUUUUGCCGUUGCUUUGAUCAACUUUUUAUUCCUAUUAUGUCGUCGUACCACUCGUCGUUAUAUCAAGAAACCUCCUGCUUAUCAACCAACUUCUUUGAAAAGAACAAGUAGUAGUUUAGCCAAUAUCCAACAAGAGUGCAUGUCAAGAUCUUCUCCUUAUGCACGUACUCCUUCACCGCAAUCAAAUAAUAGAUGGAGAUCACGUUUAGUAGAUAAUGUCAUAGCUGCUACAUCUGUACUCAAAAAGAAGAAAAAGUUGACGAUUUCUUUGAAAAAUACUAUUCUAUGGAAUCCUUCUCAAGAUGUAGAUGUUUCUAAUCAUGCAUUCCAUGAAAAUGCUGUAUUAUUAUUAUCUCGAUUAUGUCAACAAUAUGAAGUUCAUUUAUUGAUCCAUAUCAACAAUCCAGACGAACACGAACAAAUCAAACGAUUAUUGACUCCUAUCAUCUCUGGUCAUUCAUCCAACAUUCUUUUGGACUUGACACGCAUUCAUUAUUGUCAUGAUGAAAAGACAAAACUUCAUUUGGUACAACAUGUACUUUGUCCUGCUAUUCAUGUAGAAGGUGGUUGGGAACUUGAUGAUGGUGAAGAUAUGGUACGUGAAUUACGUUCUUCAGUCACCAAGUUGAUCUGGGUCAUUACUCGACGACGACGGGCAUCUUUCAAUAAAGAGGACAUGAAACUUUCGGAUCAAGAUAUAUUGGCUGAUAAUGUGGAAUUGACAGAUUCUUUAUUGGAUACUUCUUUGGCUCGUGAUCUUGGUUUUGUUGUAUGAUAUCCCCUCCUUUGUUUUUUACCCUUUAGAUUUGUACAUUUGUUUAGAACCUAUUUAUACACAUAUACUUAUUUUAAUAUUUUACCCUACAUCUUUUUUUAUUCUUUCAAUAAAAUCUCUUAUUUCCCUAUUC